UUUUCUAUGGUUUUCUCGUAGUGGGAUAACCGUGUGAUCCGUCAGUGAAUAAUCCUCCCUAAUCCAGUUUUCUCGCCAAAACGGCCGGAGCCAUACGCUUCGGUUGAAUUUUCGUCCUCAGGAUUUUUAUAAAAUCCGGGACACACGAGACUUCCUAACAAACAUUUCGAUCGAGAGUUAUUGUAAUUCAAGGGAUUAGUGAACUCUUAGUCAUUGAAAGUGCUGCUUGACGAGCAAAAUGGGCUCGCUUUUUCGCAGCGAGGAGAUGACCUUGUGUCAGCUCUUUUUACAGAGCGAAGCUGCUUAUGCAUGCGUUUCUGAACUGGGAGAACUUGGUCUCGUGCAGUUUCGUGACUUGAACCCCGACGUUAACGCUUUCCAACGUAAAUUCGUAAACGAAGUACGCCGUUGCGAUGAGAUGGAACGAAAGCUUCGUUACCUCGAGAAAGAAAUCAAGAAGGACGGCAUCCCGAUGCUGGACACAGGAGAGAACCCUGAGGCGCCCCAGCCCCGAGAGAUGAUCGACCUGGAGGCGACAUUCGAGAAACUCGAGAACGAAUUGCGCGAGGUCAAUCAGAAUGCUGAGGCACUCAAGCGUAAUUUCUUAGAGUUGACUGAAUUGAAACAUAUUUUGAGAAAGACACAGGUUUUCUUCGACGAGGCUGAGCAUGGAGGUGUCGUGUCGCAGAUGGCAGACCCAAGCCGCGAGGAAGAACAAGUCACUCUAUUGGGUGAAGAGGGCCUCCGCGCUGGCGGCCAGGCUCUCAAACUCGGUUUUGUGGCUGGAGUGAUUCUACGCGAGCGCAUCCCAGCAUUCGAGCGGAUGCUAUGGCGCGCCUGCAGAGGCAAUGUCUUCCUUCGUCAGGCGGAGAUCGAGUCAGCGCUGGAGGAUCCAUCAACAUCCGAUCAAGUAUUCAAAUCCGUUUUCAUCAUUUUCUUCCAAGGAGAUCAACUCAAGACCCGAGUUAAGAAGAUCUGCGAGGGAUUCAGAGCGACUUUGUAUCCAUGCCCAGAGGCUCCAGCUGAUCGUAGGGAAAUGGCCAUGGGUGUCAUGACCAGAAUCGAGGAUCUUAACACUGUUCUAGGACAGACCCAGGACCAUCGCCACAGGGUGCUGGUUGCUGCAGCCAAGAAUAUCAAGAACUGGUUUAUCAAGGUCAGGAAGAUCAAGGCUAUUUAUCACACUCUGAAUCUCUUCAAUCUCGACGUUACUCAGAAAUGUCUCAUCGCUGAGUGCUGGGUGCCAGUUCUUGAUAUUGAAGGCAUUCAGCUUGCCCUGCGGCGGGGCACAGAGCGGAGUGGUAGCUCGGUUCCUCCUAUUCUAAAUCGAAUGGAGACAUUUGAAGAUCCACCGACUUACAAUCGCACCAAUAAAUUCACCAAGGGUUUCCAGGUGUUGAUUGACGCUUAUGGAAUAGCUUCGUACAGAGAAAUGAAUCCAGCUCCAUAUACUAUUAUCACCUUUCCAUUCCUCUUUUCUAUUAUGUUUGGGGACACAGGACACGGAUUGCUUAUGUUCCUCUUUGCAGCCUGGAUGAUCCUCAAGGAGAAACCUCUCAUGGCCCAAAAGAUUGACAAUGAGAUUUGGAACAUUUUCUUCGGUGGUAGGUACAUCAUAUUUCUGAUGGGAAUGUUUUCGAUGUAUACUGGACUCAUCUACAACGAUAUGUUCUCCAAGUCUCUGAAUAUAUUCGGAUCUUAUUGGCAAAACAAUCAGACGUGGACCGAAAUUCACGGAUCGAAAGCCAUCAUGUUAGAUCCAGCUACGAAUGCCUACACCGGGGUUCCUUAUCCCAUCGGGGUCGAUCCAGUCUGGCAACUUGCACAGAACAAAAUCAUCUUCUUAAAUUCGUAUAAAAUGAAAAUUUCCAUUAUUAUUGGCGUCAUUCACAUGCUGUUUGGAGUUCUCGUUGGUCUGUGGAAUCAUUUAUACUUCAAGAGAAGGAUGAACAUCAUCUGUGAGUUCAUUCCUCAGAUAAUCUUUCUCGUAUUUUUAUUCAUGUACAUGGCCCUCUUGAUGUUCAUCAAGUGGGUGAAGUAUGGACCUGAUAAAAUUGAGGAACUUGGACCUUUCUGCGCACCUUCGGUUCUCAUCACUUUUAUUAACAUGGUUCUCCUCAAGGAUGGAUCACCACCAUCAGUCUGCAAGACUGAGUACAUGUACGCAGGACAGAGCGGCUUUCAGAAAUUCUUGUUGGUUAUCGCGCUUCUUUGCAUCCCGUGGAUGCUUCUGGCUAAACCGAUCAUGAUCAUGAAGGAGAGGAGGAAGCAUCAUUAUCAGUUAAACAAUCAUGGAACUGAGAAUGGUGAUGUUGAGGGAGGGGUGGGAGCCCUUCAGCAGAACCAAGGAGUACCUCAGAAGGAAGAGGAGGAGGAGGAGAUGAGCGAGAUAUUUAUUCAUCAGGGAAUUCAUACUAUUGAGUAUAUUCUUGGGUCUGUGUCACAUACUGCCUCGUAUUUGAGACUCUGGGCCCUUUCCCUUGCUCAUGCUCAAUUGAGUGAGGUCUUGUGGGCCAUGGUCAUGAGGAAUGGUCUAGCUCAGGAGAACUGGUACGGAGGUAUCAUGCUGUGGGUUGUUUUCGCGGUGUGGGCAGUUCUCACUGUGGGAAUCCUCGUACUCAUGGAAGGGCUCUCAGCAUUUCUUCAUACACUUCGUCUCCACUGGGUGGAGUUCCAGAGCAAAUUCUACUCUGGUUUGGGCUACGGUUUCACUCCGUUCUCCUUCGAAAUCAUUUUGGAUACAGCACAAAAUACUGUUGAAGUGGACUAAACUUCCAAUGACAUAAUAAAAACAUUUUAAUCCGAGUUUUGCUGGUAGAAUUGAUGUAAUGGAGUGUUUCGAACUCAGUAAAAUAAUUUCCUCGAUUUUCUUGUUAGAGAAAAAAUUACUUCUGUUUCUGUAAUGUUCCGCAGGUGAACUUAAGAGAUGAUGGCUAAUUAAAGAGACAUAUGACGCUGUAAAAAUAUAUCGACAUUAAAUUCUUUGAGAGCCGAUAACUCCUGUAGAUCUGAUGUUCCUUAUCUAAUAAGCAUUUUAAUCUAUUUAUGCAUGUGUUGAACAAACAUUAAUGGCAACAUGUACGUUAUCGCGUUGAUUGAAUAAACUCUGAGAGAGCAAUGGAA